GAUUGUUGAUUACAUUCAUUUUUGUCCUUUUACAACAAGUAGUUAAACAAUUGAACAAUCAUUUUAAUUGUUAAUCCACAAGUAAAUCAACUUAAAUCAUUACCAAACAUGAAGAUACAAAUUACCUUAAUCACUCUAAUUGGACUUACCUGUGCAACUAUUGCUUUAGGCAAAGAAACUAUAACUCUCCAUGGAUCGCAAAUUGAUGCUCGAGCUUUAAGUGAACGUGCCAAUCAAAUGUCGGUGGGUCGGGAACAAAGUAUGAGCCAAUUGAUGGCACAAAUUGAGAAUAUGCAGAAACAAGUGACCGCUCUCCACGAAACCCUCCGGCGAAAUCACACUCGACGAAACUUGGUUACAGUUCGAAAUGUUAAAGAUGCUGUUGAUGAAAUAAAUCGUAACUUUCGAGCGCUGAACAGUCAAGCCUCACGAUUCAUAUCCACUAAGGGUGUUCCAUCAACACUUGGUACCCGAUCGCUUGGAUCAGAUUCACAACAAUCAGGAUUCUCUUCCGCUGAUUCCAUUUCCUCCUCUCAAUCAUUAGCAUAACAUUGAAAACGGAAAUUAGUCGAAAAUAAAAAAGCAAAACAAUUAAUUAACCAAUUAAAA